ACCUGUAGUCCGCCAAUGUCGCUGAUCAUAUGUAAACACAUACACUGAUCCUUCAAAACUACAAAUUAUUAGCUUCCCCAUCUUGAAACUCACCGGAAAACACAGUUUCUGCUGAUAACAAAAAACCGCAGCGUAGUAAGAAUGGCUGCAGGUGAUGGUACAAAAUUUCCUCCUCAAAAACAAGAAACACAGCCUGGGAAAGAGCAUGAAAUGGAUCCCAUCCCUAGCUAUGCGCCUCUGUCCGAUUACAAACCAUCCGAUAAGCUUCAGGGGAUGGUGGCGCUAGUGACCGGAGGUGACUCCGGCAUCGGAAGGUCAGUGUGCCACUUUUUUGCACUGGAGGGUGCAACUGUGGCGUUCACGUACGUGAACAAACAGGAGGAUAAAGAUGCAGCGGAGACGCUUGAACUGCUGAGGAAGAGCAAGGGUGGUGAUGCUAAAGAGCCGAUGGCGAUUGCAAUGGAUUUGGGGUUCGAUGAGAAUUGUAAGAAAGUGGUUGAUGAAGUGGUCGGAGCAUUUGGCCGGAUUGAUAUUCUUGUGAACAAUGCGGCUGAGCAAUAUAAGGCUGCUUCUGUGGAGGACAUUGAUGAGGAGAGGCUUGAAAGAGUUUUCAGAACUAAUAUUUUCUCACAUUUCUUCAUGACCAGACAUGCUUUGAAGCAUAUGAAAGAAGGAAGUUCUAUAAUAAACACAACAUCAAUCAAUGCAUACAAAGGAAACGCAAAGUUGCUCGAUUACACAUCAACUAAAGGAGCAAUUCUGGCGUUCACCAGAGGACUUGCUUUGCAGCUAGUAAGCAGAGGAAUUCGGGUCAAUGGUGUGGCUCCGGGACCUAUCUGGACUCCGUUGAUACCGGCUUCAUUCAACGAGGAAGAAGUGGCUAACUUUGGAAAACAGGUUCCGAUGCAAAGAGCCGGCCAGCCAAAUGAGGUUGCGCCUUCUUAUGUUUUUCUUGCUUGUAACCAGUGCUCUUCUUACAUCACUGGCCAAGUACUUCACCCUAAUGGUGGCUACAUUGUUAAUGGCUGAAGUAUAUCUACAAGAGAAAGUCAUGUUUCUGUGCUAUUGAGUUGCUAGACUGUUAUAUUUGACUGGCAAAAUGUAUUUUUGAGUCCAUGUACUUGUCUACUUUGUGGUAUUGAAUCCGUUAUUUUCAUUUUGUCAA